AUGUCUACGUGUGGAUUUGACUACGAGUUCGUUGCGAAAGUGCCUAGAGAAUAUAUAUGUCCAAUAUGUGAAUGUCCUAUGCGGGGACCGGUGCAGACGAAAUGUGGCCACAGAUUUUGCAAGAGGUGUCUAACAAAGGCGAUGAAAAGGUAACAUAAAUCUGGGUUGCAUGUGGGAAAUGAAGCUGAAAGCCACGCUAUUUUUUCCAAAUAUGCAAUUUUCCGUACUUUGUUUUCUGUUUAGGCUAAAAUUUCCAAAUAUAAAGUCAACAUCGAUGGCUCAAUUACUCGCUGACGAGUUGCGAGCGAUCGUGAACAUUUUUUUAUUAUUAAAGGUAUGUAAAAAAAAAAAAAGAAUGAAUUCGCAAAUCGUUAAUUCGCUGGCGUUAUAAUCAUCAGAAAUUAUAAUCUGCGAUGUUAUUUUCCUCAAACUAUUAUUUUAAGCUUUUUUAAGUUUAAAAGAAAUAGGGCGCCUUGUAAAGAAGCAACGUUGUACUCUCGAUUGGGUACGAUGAAUCACAAUAAUGCAACUUGUUGGGAGCCCAGUAUAGCUUACAUAAGCAAUGCUAUGCGUGGAGAACACUUUACAAUUAUCUAGCUUCCACUUUCAAGGUUCUACCAAGUUUAUCCUUUUUCUGUUCGUUAUCUUAAUUUCUUUGUUUCUUUAGUUAUUUACUAAUUUUUUUCCGUCUAGAAAGGAGGUACAUCCAUUAACUUUUAAAUUAAAGAAACGGAAGUAAUAAGAGUUUGGGGGAGACCAAUUGCAAUAUUACCAUAAUAUUAUGAACUCCCUUUGAAUUUAUCUAGUUCAAAAGUUAGUGUACUUAAGGCAUCUGUUCGCGAAGUGUCAACCAAUACUAUUAGUUGAAAUUUCGACCGAGUGUCAAUCAUUAUAUUGGCCAAUACUCAGAUGUCAUGUUAAUCAAGUUGCUAGAUCAUCAGUUGCUCCUGUUGGUUGACACUUGGCCAACACCUCAAUUGCUAUGUUGCCAUGAACAGUCAGCAGCAUUUCAGUCCAAUGUCAGUGGUGUAUCAGUGGACUGUUGGACAUUUAAGUGAAUUGUUAAGCAUUGUUUUUCUGGAAUGACGACGGUCUCCAACCCCCCUACUCACAGGGGACAUGAAAGAAGAGAUUCAAGGGGCUAGAAAAAAUAAGUUAAUAGUUGAAUUCAUAAGAUAGAACUCAAUAACAAGAGCUGACCAAGUGACAGUAGUGUUGACCGAGUGUCAGUAAAGUUGAUUGGCCAAGUUUCGGCCACAUGUUUGUCACUCAAGAGGCAACUAAUGUCAGUGGGUAUGUUGGUUGAUACAUGUAUGUAGGUCAAGUAUCAGCUAAUAUUACAACCAACACUUGGUAGACAUGUUUCCUAAUAUUACUAUACAUUCAACUUACUAUCUCUUUUCUGAUUGGCCAAAAGCUAACAGUGAAUUUUUUAAAUCGGUGCCUGGGGUGUCAUCUAGCUGCAGAUUACACAAUAAUAAUGUCAAGGACACUCAAGGUCACAGGUAAUCAUGUCAUUUAUAAUGGUGGUGCAUGAUUUCUAAGGGUAAUUAUGUCAAGUUUGGGAGCUAAAUUGUGUUGCUUGCUGAUUUAUAUAUUUUUACAUGUUUAGAAUUAAAUAAUUAGUUCCACUUACUGUCAUGACAAUUAUUUUUUUGGUCAAUUAUGUAUAAUAAAACAAUUUUUAGAUUCAGCUUUUGUGACAUCCAGAAUAAUCAAGGUCUCCAUAAGGGCUAUCAGCCUCAGCCUUCAGCUUCAGCUGAUAACCCCUUACCUCAACCUUGAUUAUUCUGGAUAUCACAAAAACCUCAUCCAAUAAUUGUUUAAUAUUAACCAAUAAUCAACUGACAAAUGCCUUAAGUACACAUGAUCCCAAAAGUUUCCAAAGAGGUCUGUAAAUAUACAAAUAUUGCCAGGGUGAACAAAUAUAUACUAGUAGCUUCACAAUUGUUGUUGUGAAGAGUUCAUAUUUUUUAUGGGUGACAAAGGGUAGACUUAUUAAUCAGUAGUGUUUUUCAUUAGCAAAAGAGAAUGCCCCAUUGACCGCCAAUCUCUUGAUUUACGUUCUAAACAGGUAAGAAGUGUAUAGUGUUGUUAUCCAUCUUCGUGGAAAUUUUAUGCUAACAGAUAAAAAUUUUCAUUAGUAUUAGUGAUAUAAGGAUGAGAUAUUGAUAUUGAAAGAAGUAAUCACUUUACUUGGACAUUUGUAGAACAGCUUGCUCAGUUAUUAGUAAAUGUUCAUUGUCUUUCCUCAUUUUCUGUGAUCUCUCUCCCUGUCUACUAGUCUUUCUGUCUAUCUGUAUGUCUGUCAGUCUGCCUGCCUCUCCUUCUCUCUCCCCUGUUUGUUUUUACUCGGUUUUUUUUACUUAUUCAUCUCUUUCAAUUCCACUUAAACAUAAAAUAAUGCACCUAUCAUGUGAAGUGGACAAAAUAUUGGAUAUUUAAACUAGGUUGCUAACUAGCUACAAUUUUUAUUUCUGCAUUACUUACAUUUGCAAACCAAAAGUACUCACAAAUGUACAGGUGUAGGUUAAAUUUAUAAAAAUGCAUAGUUUCCAUCCCACAUGCCACGGAGUUGCCAUGGCCUUAAACUUAAUCAUUUCAUGAAGUUCAUUGUAAAUCUAAGUGGAGCCUGCUGAGAACAUUGCAGAUUUAUUUUUUCUCUUACCUCAGUCUAUUUUCAAUUAUUUUGCAAGAUUUCAACAAUUUCAAGUAAAGUAGUAAUUAUAUCACAAAAAAUUUCUUUUAGGAGCAUGAAGGUUUAAGCAAUAAAAAAAGGAUCCUUUUAAGAUCUUUGAAAGAUCCUUGUUUUGUCCUUGAGGAUCUUGAGGGAUGCUUGCACAAAUCUUGAAAAGAUAUGGACAAGGAUCCUUGAAGAUCCUCAUGAUCAAAUCCUUGCAGAUCCUAGCAGAGAUCUUACCAAUGUCUAGACAAGGAUCCUUGUAGAUACUGAUCAAAUCCUUGAAGAUCCUAAACAAAGAUCUCAAAAAGUUCCUUGAAAGAAUCCUUGUUUUGGCCAUUAGGAGCUUAAAGAAUCCCUACAGAAACCUUUGCUAGGAUCUUUAUUAGGAUCUUUGCAUAGAAUCCUUGGAGGAUCUUUAUUAAAUCCUUGAGAUCUUAGCAUUUAAUUAUUUGCAUAGGAAGACCUUUGAAGGUGUAUCACAACUGAUCCUUUAAGGAUCCUUGUCUUUAAGAAUCUUUGGCAGGUCUUUGGCAAUCCUUAAAGGUCCUGUGAGAUCCAGUUUUUUCACAUUUGAGUCAACUUUGAUUUUUUUUUUGGUCAAUAAUUGCCUUAUCAUAUCUUGGAAUUAGGUCACCAACUAACUUAAUUGCAGUACAUUUACAAACCAAAAUUGAUUACUAAUGUUGAAUUCACCCCACAUACCUGGUAGUUGGCUUUCAUGCUAAUGUAAGUUAAUUUUUGUUCAUUCUUAAAAUUUUCUUGUCAUUUUGGUGUUUAUAUGGUAUAUAAACAGUUCCUUGAGGAAUUGGAUGAAUUUGAAGCUCUAGAAAAAUAAACUUUGGCUUUCAGUCUGAUCAUUUAAGGGUGAGUUUUAAUUUUUUAUUGGGCUCAGUGUCAUCAUUUAAGGGGAAAUUGUACAUUUUAAAUUAAAAUUCACCCUUACAUGAUGAGACUGAGCUCCAAAGUUUAUUUUUUUAGUAAAUUCAGAACUAGUUUGUUUAUUUCUUCUAUCAUUUAUUUCAAUGUUCUUUUUUCCAAAUUUGUUUCUGUCCCUAAAUUCCAAAGGACAUAUAUCCAGAUGUUGCCACUGAGAGGACCAUUUUGGAUUUAUGUGUGAAAUGCCAUAACGAAAAAAAUGGCUGUAAAUGGACUGGAGAACUCAGAAAUAUAGCGGUCAGUUAUGGUUCUUUACCUUAUUUGGCCAGGUUGUAAAGUUUUAUAAGAAAGAGCAUUUAAUUAUUCUGUUAUUUAAAAUACAUGAAAGUUAAGGAGAUACAAAAUAUAAUAACCAAUCUCAACUGUUCUAAUCCUUCCUCUCUAAUAUGACUGUGAAAGAUGGGACAUGUCUGACCUUUUGAUUAAUUUUGCCUCAUCCACCUAAUUGCAUUAACAUUGUUAAAGAAAAAUGCAAAAAGCAAAAGGGAAAAAGGAAGUAACUAAAAUUAAAUACAUUAGGAAGCAAUUCAUUAACAUAUAAAUCUCUUUCUUAGGAUCUUAAUGGUUCUACAACAUAAGUUUAGUUGAUUUUUGAAUGAUUUAGUUACCUCCUACUAUUUACUGUGUUGCGGUUUAUUUCUCCUAGUACAUAAGUUGUGUCUAAGAAAAGCAUUCAUGGAAAUUUGGAUUUGCAUGCAUUGAAAUUUUUAUUUCCCAAUUUAGUGUUUUUUCAUUUUCACUGUUUCCUUUUUCAAAUGACAAUGUUUCUGAAAUAAGUUCUACCUACCAACUAUCAUGCUAAGGUGAAUAAAUCAAAUUUAAUUCAGACUAGAUAGCUUGACUGUAUGCUUAGCACCAUGCCAAUUAACAUAUUUCUUACCGGUAAGAAAACAAAAUUUGUUCAUAAUCAUGUUGCAGUCUUGACUGGCCAUGGAUAGAUAAUGUGGCAGUGUGGGUAUUCUGAUGUCAUGGACAUACCUUAGAAAUAUGUUUUUUUUUCAGGAACAUGAAUCUAAGUGCAGUUUUGAAGGGGUAAAAUGCACUAACAAAGAUUGUGAAGCUACUCCCUUGAAAAAAGAUCUGAAUUAUCAUGCAACAAGGGAAUGUCCAAAGAGGAAAGUAGAGUGUCACUACUGUAAAAUUUUCUUUGUUUGGUGCAAUAAGCAGGUGAAUAUCAAGAACAAUAUUUUUAUUUUGUUUUAUAUUCUAGUGGUUAAUUUUUCCCUAUCACAAAAGGCAGUUAAAAUUGGAAGAGGCAGCUGGUAUAUACAUGGUGAAGUUAAAGAGAUUGGUAGUGUUAGCACCAUUAUAGGUUAUACUAAGUGUUUAUAACUUAUACAAAGAGAGAAGGGUAACAUUCCCUCAGGGACAGAGUUAACAUUUUAACUUACUCGGAAGGACAGUAAAGAGGGCUUGAGUUUCAGUCAAUGAUGGCCUCCUUAAGAACAAUGCGUUUUUCAAAAUCACGUGUUUAAAAUUUGCAUCUAAAGAUGUUUUGACUAUAAUGUAUGACCAUAAGGAAGUCAAAAUAUUCUCCAUGAGUUAUAUUGUAAACGUACUGAAAGAAAGCGUUGGUUAUCUAUUAGGGACAUUUGGACGUGUGUACGAAGUAUCCGAUGGUUUGUCUUCAAAAAUGUGGUGAACUCAAAAUUCCAAGAGACAAGGUGAGUAUCACCCACGAUCUGUUUAACAAAUAGGUAAUUUGGUGUUAACAACUGAGUUGAAAACGUAAAUUGGCCACCGUAAAGAGUUAAAAAGGCUGACGUUUCGAGCGGACGAAGGGCUAACGCUCGAAACGUCAGUCUUUUUAAUUUUUUUACGGUGGCCAAUUUACGUUUUCAACUAAGUUGUUAACACCAACUUACCUGUUAUGCACUCCCACCGACGCAGCACCACAGUUUCUUUAGAAACUUACCCCCUCUAUUUAUUUAACAAACAGAUUCUCUAUUGCCGUGUGUCUGCUCAGUACUAAUAGAUCACAGAUGACGUCAAAAUGUGAUUAGACACAAAAGUGGCUCACGAUCGAGGCGCGGCCAGUCUGACACUGAUGAACGUCUCACCACAAUUUGACUUCCUCUUUUAUCUAUUACAGAACAGAUCCACGGCAACAUGGAAUGUAUUUGUUUCAUAUUCUUAAAAAAAUAAAAUGUUUUUACGUCAUCUAUGCGUCUGUCCUCCAACAGAUAAUAAGUAAGAACCAAUUAAAAUUAAUGUAUAAUUCAGGCUUAUCAAGUACACUAUUUAAACUGCACAUGCACGACACUAUGAGCACCAACUUGCUUUCUUUUCAGAUGAAUGAUCACAUUGAAGAAAACUGUCCCCAUACCAAGGUGGAGUGCACAUUUGCUUAUGUUGGUUGCAAAGUAAAGGUACGUCAAAGUAUUAAAACAGAUUGCCCCUUCUCAUUAAUUUCUUACUCUACAGCUUCGCACUCCUUCUUAUAGAUAUUGAAAGGUAUAUUCUUAUACACAAUACAAAACAACUUACUCUUGAUCGGUCCAUAACGAAUGCAUAGUAGAUUAUCCAGAUUUAUACGUGUUAUCUAUAUUGUAUUCUCGCGAGAUUCUAAACUAUCUCGAAGAACUUUAAGCUUGGUUCAUCUGUCAUAGUUAUUUUUCUGAUUGACCAAUUAAAAUAAUAAAGGUAUCAUCGUCUUAAAGUGCACAAAGGACGUCAGAGUAUGAUAAGAUAAAAACUGCUUGACCUAUGCAUGAGUUUCCUGAUUUACCGUCAUUCAGCGGUUCGUGCAGUUACAAGACUUUCAAAACAUCGGUCGUACCCAAAAACCACGCGAUGCACAAGCAAGUCGUGCCUUGUCCUCUGCUUAGAUGAGGACAAGGCACGAUUAGGACACCUUUUAACUGAAGUGCCGUGAAAUAUUUCCCAAAGGUCCAAAGGAAAUCCAUCUCAGAUCACUUAAGGAAAUGUACUGAAUCCCAUCUAGAGUUGGCUUGUCGGAGGCUUCAGGAGCUCCAGGUGUCAUCAACUGCGAUUACUGCCACUGUUGAAAGAAUGCAAGCUGAAAUGGUGACAGCCUCGAAAAAGAUCGAGGAAUUAUCAAAUGCAGCUCAGAAAAGCGAGGGAGUUCAAGAUCUACAUGAAAAGAUUACUCUAACAAAUAAGAAAUUGAAAGAACUACAAACUAAAAAGGAUGUCUUUGAACUUACCUCUGGACUUGAGGCUGUACGUACUGAAGUUGGUGUCAUUAGGACACAAAUGGAGGCGCUCUCCGAAAAAGACAAAAAGUUGGUGGAACUCCGUGAGGCAGUCAUUAGUUUGAAAAAGAAAAUCCAAAAAUUGACAGCCAGCAAGUGUCACAUGGAGACGUGUCCAAAAUCAAAACAAAACUCCAAAACCUCCAAAAAGCAUUUACUAGUUUGGAAAAUCAAACAAGUAGCAAUGUUGAAAUUGUGA